AUGUUGCGUAGGUGGAGCAUCGAGGGGGCGCUCGUCCCUCUUUCCUUGUCGUGUAUUGCAUACCCCUUUUGGAGAAACAACCUCGUCCUCCCAACACUCUAUGCAUCGCUGGGCUAUGGCUUACUGGCAUUAAUUUGCUCGCUGAAGCUAAUUCCUAUUUUGAGUCCUAUAUUCAAAGCAAGGGGUUUGAGGGGAAGGGACAGGUUAAAACUCAAUCAGCAUGAGUUACCAGAGUCGAUGGGUGUAAUAUGUGCUUCGAUUUACGUGGCUUUAAUGAUACUCUUUAUUCCCUUCGUCUUCACAGACGUCCUCUUCAGCCGGCAAGCACCAGCUCAAAGCACCCUUUCUGCGGUUGGACAGGCUGAAUUUCCUCAACAACAGCUGUCUGUGUUCCUUGCAGCUUUGCUUUCCUUGCUGUCGGCAACACUUCUGGGUUUUUUGGAUGAUGUUUUUGACAUCCGCUGGAGAUAUAAACUUCCUAUUCCUCUCAUCGCAUCCAUACCACUCCUCCUUGUCUACUACGCAGAGAGGGGGAACACUCACAUAGUUGUCCCAAAACAGUUGAGGGUGUUAUUCGGGAGAACAAUCUUGAAUUUGGGACCCUUGUACUACGUUUACAUGGCCCUUCUCUCAACCUUCUGCACCAACUCUAUCAACAUAUUGGCAGGAAUCAAUGGAAUUGAGGCAUCUCAGUCCCUAGUGAUUGCCUGCUCCGUCGCCCUCAAUGAUCUUCUGUACCUUCCUUUACCCUUCACUUUCAAACUACAAGGAUUUUCCUUUGGCGGUAUUUAUGGCGCUGGGAUGGCAUGGGGAAGCCGUGACCUCGUAGAGCGUCAUCUGUUGAGCUUAUAUUUCAUGUUGCCUUUAAUCGGCGUGUGUGCAGGGUUUCUCCGAUUUAAUUGGUAUCCUGCGACAGCAUUUCCCGGUGACACGCUCUGCUACUUCUGUGGUAUGGCGUUCGCGGUGGUAGGCAUCUUAGGCCAUUUCAGCAAAACACUGCUGCUCUUCUUCCUGCCCCAAAUAUUCAAUUUUCUGCUGAGUUGCCCCCAACUUUUCGGAUUGGUGCCUUGUCCCCGCCAUCGCAUGCCCAGGUAUGAUCUCCGGGACCCUCCCUUCUUAUUUCCCUCGCUAACUGUCUUCAAAGGCUCCCCAUCAGCAUUGGCGACAAGGAUCCUGGAGACACUCUCUGUGCUUGGGUUCGCCAGGGUGACAAGAGAUGUAUCGACACGCAAUAUCACAUCUACCACCAACUUGACAUUAUUAAACAUCAUUUUAAUUCGGACAGGCCCUAUCACAGAGGCUGAAUUGACGAAGAUGUGUGUUCUACUCCAGAUCACUGGAAGUUUGAUUGCCUACAUUGUACGCUACGGCCUAGCAGGACUCCUUUAUGAUGGAGAUAGGCAUUGA